AUGGCAGCCACCAAGAAAAGAGUUUUGGGGCCACUGGUGGGGGCAGUAGACCAGGGUACCAGCUCGACACGUUUUCUGGUUUUUAAUUCAAAAACGGCAGAACUACUAAGUCAUCACCAGGUAGAAAUCAAGCAAGAAUUUCCAAGAGAAGGAUGGGUGGAACAAGACCCCAAAGAAAUUCUACAGUCCGUGUACGAGUGUAUAGAGAAAACGUGUGAGAAGCUCGGCCAGCUCAACAUCGAUGUUUCUAGCAUAAAGGCUAUCGGUGUCAGCAACCAGAGGGAAACCACUGUGGUCUGGGACAAGGUCACUGGAGAACCACUCUACAACGCCGUGGUAUGGCUUGAUCUAAGAACCCAGUCCAUUGUUGAGAACCUUAGUAAAAGUGCUCCUGGAAAUAAUAAGUUCGUUAAGUCCAAGACAGGCCUUCCGUUGAGUACUUACUUCAGCGCGGUGAAGCUAAGAUGGCUUCUGGACAAUGUGAGGAAGGUUCAGGAGGCUGUUGAAGAAAAAAGAGCUCUUUUUGGCACCAUUGAUUCGUGGCUUAUCUGGAGCCUGACGGGGGGCAUCCACGGAGGUGUCCACUGCACAGAUGUCACAAACGCCAGCAGGACGAUGCUUUUCAACAUCCAUUCUUUGCAGUGGGAUGACGAGCUCUGUGAAUUCUUCGAAAUUCCGAUGCAGAUUCUCCCAGCAAUCCGGAGUUCUUCCGAGAUCUAUGGCCUCAUGAAAGCUGGAACCUUAGAGGGUGUGCCAAUAUCUGGUUGUUUGGGUGACCAGUCUGCUGCUUUGGUGGGGCAAACAUGCUUCCAGGAUGGUGAGGCUAAAAACACUUAUGGGACAGGAUGUUUCUUACUAUGUAACACAGGUCCCAAGUGUGUAUUUUCUGAACAUGGCCUUCUGACGACAGUCGCUUACAAGCUUGGCCGAGACAAGCCAGUGUGUUAUGCACUAGAAGGAUCUGUAGCAAUAGCUGGUGCUCUCAUUCGAUGGCUAAGAGACAAUCUUGGAAUAAUUAAGCAAGUAGAAGAAAUUGAACAACUCGCUAAGGAAGUAGGCACUUCUCAUGGCUGCUAUUUUAUCCCAGCAUUUUCAGGGUUAUAUGCACCUUAUUGGGAGCCUAGUGCAAGAGGGAUAAUCUGUGGACUCACUCAGCUCACGGACAAACGUCAUAUUGCUUUUGCUGCAUUAGAAGCUGUUUGUUUCCAAACCAGAGAGAUUUUGGAUGCUAUGAACCGCGACUGUGGAAUUCCUCUGAGUCACUUACAGGUGGAUGGAGGCAUGACCAACAACAAAAUUCUGAUGCAGCUCCAAGCAGACAUCCUGUCCAUUCCGGUAAUCAAACCCUCCCUGGCUGAAACAACUGCACUGGGAGCUGCCAUGGCUGCGGGGGCUGCUGAGGGCGUUGGGGUUUGGAGUCUUCCACCUAAAGAUGUAUCUGUCGUUAUGACAGAGAGGUUUGAACCACAGGUCAACGCGGCGGACAGUGAAAGUCGUUAUACCAUGUGGAAGAAGGCGGUGAUGAAAUCUAAGGAUUGGGCUACAACAGAUUCUCCAGAAAGCGGUGACUCCAGUAUUUUUGCUAGUUUGUCCUUGAGUUUUUUCAUAGUGAGUAGUAUGGUCAUGUUAAUUGGAGCAAGGUACAUUACAGGUAUUCCGUAAGUAAAGGAACUCGGGAAUUCCCAAGAUUCAAGUGUUGUAUGUAGUGAUCUGUAAUCCGGUGCUUCUGGUUCAUAUGAUCGCACCAUGAAUAGACCUGGAUUUCAUUUAUAAGCUACUUGCUGUAUGAACUUUAAAGCAGAACAGUGAUUUGAAAUAAAAAUGAACCAGA